UAUAAGCACCAUCACCAUCUCAUCUCUCCAUACUCAAAGAUUCAAAGCCACGAAGAUCACAAUCGCGGCGCGACAACAAUGGAAACAGCCUUAUCGGUCAUAACAAGCAUCUUACUAAUAGUAUUUGCCUUGACCACUUGCUGGCUCUCCAAUGCCGAACAAGUCGCACUAAAAAGCGAGAGUUAUUCCAAAGCUCCAAACACCAAGUAUAGUGUGAUUAUUAUGCCAGAAGGGAAAUUAAACACUCAUGAAACAACAACAACAACAAUGGAAAGAGUUAAUAGUACACAUUUAAACAAUGUUUGCAAUUUGUGCGAAGAUGUGACAAAUGAGAUGCUUGAACUCCUUCGAUCAAAGAAGACGCAAAAGAGAAUCAUGGAUAUCCUACAUGGCUCUUGUUCUCUCUUCUUCAACUUAAAGCAGAAGUGCAUGGCGAUAGUGAACUCUUAUGGCCUUGCCUUCUUUGAAAUUGUACAAAUAGUACAACCCAAAGUCAUUUGCCACUCAAUUCAUCUUUGCUCAUCAAAACCUGCAAAUUCCACAACGUAUUUCAUGUCCGAGGAUAGAUGUGAGGUUUGUCGCUAUGUUGUAGGAAAAGCCCUAACCGAAUUGAAAUACCCUAAUAAGCAGUUAGAGAUAAUAAACGAAUCUGUUCUCAAGACAUGUAUAACCAUGGAGGGAAACGAGGAGAAGUGCAAGAUCCUCAUUUCUGAAUAUGCGCGCAUGAUCAUGGGCAACACUAAACACUUUCUUGAGGCGAUGGAUCUUUGUGCCGCGACGCGUACUUGUGAUUCACGUUCUUCUUCGAUCAUGACAAAUCGCUAGCUUUCGGGGACAAACAAAAAUUAUACCGAAACAAUUGAAAGAACAUUAAUAAUACUAUCAUAAUCAAUAAUCUGUUCUCUAUGUAAAAACAGUGUUAAUUUGUGUGUGCAUGUGCUGCCAAUGUUAAUCCAACUCUAUAUAUAAGUCUAAUUUGUUGUUUUUCUUUUGGUUGUUUUGAGGAUGGGAUUAUUAAGGUCUUUUCAUAACCUAAUUAUUUGAUAAUUUUUUAUUAUUAAUCU